UAUUGUUGUUGCACUACACAUUUGUAUUGGUUUUGUAUGUGAAGUGAAAACUUUUUACGCUAAGCUUCUCUGGAAUUUAUGCGAAGCAAAAUAUAAAAAUUACGGGUUUCCUUGUUGAAAAUCGCAACACUGCCUACAAUAAUGGCGGAUCCAAAAUUCGAGAACUUACCCGGGAUAGCUUAUGACCAACCCGACGUGUAUGAGACGCCCGACAAUGCCGAACCAGAUACUUCUGAUUACUAUGAAGAGGAGCCGGAAAAUGAGGCUAUCGAGCGUCUGCACAUCUCUACUCGCGAUUCUUACAAUCGCUUCCGUGGCGCCACACUUGAUGGCAGCGUCGACUUUUCGGAUCGCAUUGGACGUCGACUAUGCAAAGGCUAUGAUGCGCGCUCGGGUGAAUACGAACUAGUCGGCUUGGGUGAAAAGGAGACACCAGUGCAGAAAUGCCGACGUCUGCAGUGCGAAAUGAACGAACUGAUGGAUGAGGUGGCGGCGCUUCAAGUGGAUCGUAAGAUUGCACAAGAGGAAAAGGAGUCAUACGAUGCGGUGGCAACUGUCAUAGCAACGGCUAAGAAAGUGUUGGAUUCAUUGCGCUUGGAGCAGGUAUUGGGCAACGAGCAAGUACCGAAAGCGGCAGAUAAAGAAGUGAAGCAAUUAAUUGGUCAAGUGGAGGAGUUCAAAAAAUCUGGUCUACUUACCGCCAUACCUACGCCAGGCACUGAUUUAGCCGCCUCUGCUCGCAUUGCUAAGCUGGAGCAUCGUUUGCAUCAGUUGGAACAGGCAAUAGGCGCGCAACCGGAGAAACUCAGUCGCCUUACAGCCAUAACGAACACUUCAAACGUUUUUGAGGCGGUGCAUCAACUCAGCACAAAAGCGGCUUUGCUACAAGUCGAUAAGCUGGAUCUCAUCGAAACACGACUCGGUACACUGGCAGGUAAAAUGGACGCCAUUGCCGAGAAAUCGAGUGGCUCUGCUGAAGAUGCGAAACGUGAUCAGAAAGUGGCCGAACUCUAUGACAUUGCGAAGCGCACAGAACCUGUAGCAGAAAUACUGCCAGACAUUAUUGAGCGCAUGCAGGCGCUUGAAUCUUUGCACAAAUACGCUAUGAACUUUGCUAAAAUCAUUGCUGAAAUUGAGGAGAAACAAACUACAAUUACAACCAGCCUGGUGAGCAACAAAGAACUGCUACAUUCAGUGCAAGAGACUUUCGCACAAAAUCUAGAAACAAUCAACAAGGAAGUGGCAAAAGUGGAGCAGCGCGUGCAGACGAUUACGGGCAAGAAGUAGAAAAUGCCGCUAAGCGUCGCAUUCACAGAUCUACUCGCUGAAGCAACUAUUUAUGGUUAAAAGAGAAAUUAACUUAUAUAAUUUGCUGACAUAUUCUCAGUAAUGCAAGUAUUGUAAUUUGUAUUUUUAAA